CAAGAACGCCAACAACUCGCAGAGCGACGUGGUGACGCUGCUGCUGGAGGUGCGCGCUGCCACGCGCCUGUCCGCCUUCGGGGUGUCGCGGCCCGAAGUUGUCACCGUCCCCGAGCCCGGCUGGGUGGCCCCGCAGCCCCCCCGGCGCCUGGAGGACAUCGGGCCCCCGCUGGAGUACGUCUACGAGGUGGUGAACGAGGGUCCCAGUGCCAUCAGCCAGGGCACGCUGGAGCUGAGCUGUCCCCUGGCGCUCGGUGACCGUCCCCUGCUCUACGUCGUCGGCCACUCGGGGCCACGCAACUGCACGGCCAGCCACGGCCUGGACCGGCUGCACCUGGCGCUUGGCUUCUUCAAACGCUCGGUGCCCUACGGCACGGCCAUGGAGAAGGCGCAGCUGAAACCCCAAGCGGCCUCGGAGGCCUAAGGGCGUCACCGGGACGGCACCGCCAACGUCACCGGGACGGCACCGGGCACGGCCAACGGCUGGGACAGGCGGCAGAGCCGGACUGGGACCACCGAGCCCGGCGUCACCGCUGGACGGCACCGGGGUGAUGCCGGGUGGGCACCACCGCCACGGGUGCAGGGGACAACGCCGCGCUGGGUGGUGGCAGCGCCGUGCCCACGGCGUCACCGCGAUGGGCGUCACCACGGUGGGACCGCCGUGCCAACAGUGUCACCGCGAUGGGCGUCACCGUGACGGCACUGCUGUACCGACGAUGGGUGUCACCGUGGUGGGACCGCCGUGCCAACAGUGUCACCAUGAUGGGAGUCACCGUGACAUGACCGCCGUGCCAACAGUGUCACCGCGAUGGGCGUCACCGCGACACUACUGUGCCACCCCCUGGUCGCUGCAAUGGGUGUCACCGUGCCAGCACUGCUGUACCAGCAAUGUCACCACGAUGGGGGUCACCGUGACGUGACCGCUGUGCCAACAGCGUCACCGUGAUGGGCGUCACCGUGACGUGACCGCCGUGCCAACAGUGUCACCGUGAUGGCAUCGCCGUGCCAACAGUGUCACCGUGAUGGGAGUCACCGUGAUGGCACCGCCAUGCCAACAGUGUCACCAUGAUGGGUGUCACCAUGACGUGACCGCCGUGCCAACAGUGUCACCGUGAUGGCAUCGCCGUGCCAACAGUGUCACCAUGAUGGGUGUCACCGUGACGUGACCGCCGUGCCAACACUGUCACCAUGAUGGGAGUCACCGUGAUGGCACCGCCGUGCCAACAGUGUCACCGUGAAGGGUGUCACUGCAACGUGACCGCCGUGCCAGCACUGUCACCAUGAUGGGAGUCACCGUGACGGCACCGCCGUGCCAACACCAUCACUGCAAUGGGUGUCCCCGUGGCGGGACCCCGGUGCCAGCACUGUCACCAUGAUGGGAGUCACCGUGAUGGCACCACCGUGCCAACAGAGUCACUGUGAUGGGCGUCACCAUGACGUGACCGCCGUGCCAACA